AUGGCACCUUAUGAAGCUCUGUAUAGUCAUAAGUUUCGCACUUUCUUGUGUUGGACUGAGUUGGGUAAACGACGAGUUCUGGGUCCCGAGUUAGUCUCCAAGACUGAGGAGAAGUUGGAGCUACCUUCAGAGUUAGACCGUAUUCACGAUAUGUUCCACGUCUCGAUGUUGAGGUGCUACCACUCGAACCCUACGCACAUUGGUUCUGUUGAAGAUAUUGAUGUUAGGCCAGACUUGACCUUUGAGGAGGAGUCGAUUCAGAUUCUGGAUUGUGACAAAAAGGUUCUAAGAAGGAAAUCUAUUCAACUUGUUAAGGUUCUAUGGCAUAACCAUAGCAUUGAUGAGGCUAUGUGGGAGCCUGAGGAUGCGAUACGUCAGCAAUUUCCUCAUCUAUUCUGA